CCACAGCUUUACAUAUGUGCUUUAACCCUUUCGGUCACAAAAUGUUGUAAAUUUACACACUUUUAGGAACGUCAAAAAAAGCACAAUUGUGAACUUUGACCUGGUAGGCGGUUGUUUGUAUAUUAUGUGGUUUGUGUGCAGGGAGGACUCUCUCCUCUGAUGAUGUGUUGUGAACAAGGAGACUCAGAGAUGGCAAAACUGCUACUUGACUCUCAAGCUAAUCCCAACCUCCAGCAAUCAAAUACUGGAUACACAGCUCUGAUGUUUGCCUGCAAGGGAGGUCAUCUGGACACAGUGAAGGUCCUCAUGGAACAUGGAGCUGACCCACUGAUCAGGAAUUCAGCGGGUGUGACAGCAUUGGGUGUUGCAUCUGCUAAUGAGUUUCCUGAUGUCUGCAAUGAACUAAACCACUGGGGGCAGCCAGAUAGCACCACUGAUGUGGAGCAUCCUGAGACUUCCACAGCAAAAGAGGAAGUAGAUGAAGUAGUCAGUAGGUUCCAGGACAGAUGUUGGAGGAAGCUCCCUACGACAACCGGGAACAAGAGGAAGGGGUGGAGGGAAAGAAGGUUCCAAAAGGAGAUUACAAACGAUACUUGGAGAUUCGUGCAUUAGGAGCCACUCUAUUGAGAACUGGGAAAAGGAAACUUAAAGCAGCAAUAGAAACAUUGUACUCUAACCUUAACUGAUAUUACGUGUGUCUGUUUAUUACCAGAAUAUCUUGGUUGUUGACAUAAUCAAGCGUAGCUAGUCAUCAAAGUACCACAAUACAACAGCGGACAUACACUAGCCAACGUGUUGUUGCUGACUUGGCAAAUUGUGCUGAAUUGUUCCAGCAAAAAGCAAUACUGGAUCAAGGAUAGUUAAAACAAUGGCAGUGAAGGAUGUGUACAGUUGUGAGACACUAAGUACCACUAUAAAUUAAGGAGUUCUUCGUCUUGGUCACGGGG